AAGUGGACUCUAUGCGCUUUACAGUACCUUGAAGUGGAACUUUUUUAUGCAAAAAAUGAGGUGGUAUACUGGUUGGAUUUCUAAAUUUAGAAAACUAAAGAAACAGUAACAAAAAAUAUAAGGAAAUACAUUUAAAUAUGUUGUUAGAUAUAUUGUCAAUACAAAUAAUACGUACGGGUCUAAUUCGGUAGAGUGCAAUUACUAAACUAAUACUAGAAAGACCAUAACCGACGACCUACAAUUAAAAUAUAAGUGGAAUUCUCUUUGUAACGAACAAGAAUUACAAUCUAUUACAAUAAGGAUAUGUACACACAGGAAUGCAUACAUAUAAAUGAACUGGUAAAAUGUACGAAAUCAUAAAAUUUACUAAACAAAAUGAUAUACACGUAUAUGGCAAUACAAUGUAAGAUUAUGUCAAAAUUUUAUGUUAUAAUAAUUUUUAAUACAUCUUAAAUAUAUAUACUUCAAUAUUAGAUUUUAAAUUUUUACUCGAAUUAAACGUUCAUUUCCAUCUUCCACUUUCUUUUAUCUAUGUCACAUGUGUACUAAGGCACAUGUGUACUAUGCGUGCGUCAGUGUACGCGCUGACAUCAGACUGAGCCAAAGUGACAAGUGACAAGUAAAGGAAUUAAAAGGAUAAUUUGUGUAGUACAUCGAAUGAGUGAACUCCAAAAGAGAGAGACUAAUCAAAAGGUUGAUUAACAACCAUAUUGUGAAAAUGUUUCGUGAUGGUCAAUAUUUGGAAGUAAUAAAGGCUUCGGACAAUUGUUUAGCGACCGCUGUUGUUACUGUUCAAGAAAAGAUUAUACAAAUUAAAAAGAAAAAAGUACUAACGAAUAAAUGGCUUGAUCUCGAGGAUUGGAUAGCGGUAUACAAAAUUUUAGAGAGAGCAAUUCUACGGAACGCUCGUAAGGAAGGAUUGUUUCAGAAUUCCGAGAAAUGCAAAGGCAAAAAGUCCACCCGUCAACUAGAUAUCACGUACACUUUCGAGCAGUCGGAAAUUGCAAAAGAUGUUGUGUCAUUGCCUACGAUUAGAGUAAAUGUAUCUCCUGCUAAGAAAAAAUCAGAAAAAUUAGAAAUAUCGAAAAGGUCGGCAGAAAAGGAACAAGUUCAUAAUCAAAUAUUAGAGAAAACACAAAGUGUUUGCGAUUCUAUUGACCAAAAAGAUAAUGAUAAUAUUUUACCAAAGAAAACAGAGAAUUCUGAUGUAACAAAGUUAACAAAUGACAAAACAAAGAAUGUAAGAGUCAAACGGUAUUUGCAGCUGGAAGGUUUGAAAAGUAAUUCAUUAGAGGAGUAUGUGCCAAAUGCACCAGCGACUAAAAAAUUGUGCACGAAUUUAAAAUAUAUACCGAGCAGAAAGAGUACUUUGGAACGAAUUCAAGUAUCAUCGAAUGAAUACUCUCCUACGAUAUUGGAUAAUAAAAAUACGUUAGAAGAGGUUCGAUAUAUACCAAAUUCCAUUGAUACGUCGAAAGUGUCAUACGAAACGUACGAACCUAGUGCGACGACAAUCAUUAAUCUUCCAGAAGAAUAUGUUCCUACUUCGAAGGGAAUCAAAAGCUCCGUUGAAGAAUAUCAACCUGACUUUACUAGCAAAUCUAUGAAAUUUGAUAACAGUUACGUGCCAUCAAGCGUUCAACAGAUUAAUGAUAAUUCAAACAAAACGGACAGGUCAAAAAAGCAACAUUUAGAUAAACAUUUAUCACGUCGUAAAGAAAUUUCAAAGAAAAACCAGAAUCUCUUUAUCUGAAAAGUUCUUCUAUAGUGUAGUCAAAUCAAAUGCAUAAGUCAGCGGAUAAAUACUAUUUUUAACAAAUAUAAAAUACAAAUAUCUUUUAAUUUUAUUAUAUCAUGGUAGAAUACCAUGAAACUGUACAAUAAAUAUAAUUUGAAUAAAAAGUGGUUGUAUUUUAAGUACAAUGUACUCCUUUCUACCA